AUGUCAAACAUUCCUAAGAAUCAAGAACUCCAAAAGUUACCAUUACUGAAAGUGCUACCAGAACGAGACCAACUCUUCAUACAGAAGUUACAACAGUGCAUGGUCCUCUUUGAUUUCGUGCAAGACCCUCUCAGUGACCUGAAGUUCAAGGAGGUCAAAAGGUCAGCCCUCAAUGAACUUGUGGAGUUUGUGUCACAGACCAGAGGCAUUCUUACGGAAGAAGUUUACCCUGAGGCAGUUCAAAUGUUUGCCAUAAAUGUCUUUCGAAGUCUCCCGCCAUCUUCGAAUCCCAACGGUGCAGAGUUCGACCCUGAAGAGGACGAGCCCGCCCUGGAAGCUGCCUGGCCCCACCUACAACUGGUUUAUGAUUUCUUCUUAAAAUUUGUGGAGUCGCUGGAUUUUGAUGUGAACAUUGCCAAGAAAUACAUUGACCAGAGUUUCGUACUGCAGUUAUUGGACCUGUUUGAUAGUGAGGAUCCAAGAGAAAGGGAUUUCUUGAAAACGUUGCUGCAUAGAAUCUACGGCAAGUUUCUAGGACUGAGAGCUUACAUUAGGAAAGAAAUUAAUAAUAUCUUCUAUAGGUAUUACGUCGCGAAACAGUCAAUCAGUCAAUCAAUCAGACGGCUGUCCACCAUUAUCAUGCUGCUGCAAGCUAGUAUCGUUAUUAUUAUUAUUAUUAUUUUAUUAUUAUUAUUAUUAUUAUUAUUCAAGGUCAAAUCAUUGAGCGUGUACCAUCCACAGCUGGCCUACUGCAUGGUCCAGUUCCUAGAAAAGGAAGGAACCCUCACAGAACCCGUGGUCAUGGGACUUUUGAAAUUUUGGCCUAAGGUCCACAGCCCCAAGGAGGUGAUGUUUCUGAAUGAGUUGGAAGAGAUUCUGGACGUGAUCGAGCCGACGGAAUUCCACAAAGUCAUGGUGCCACUCUUCAAACAGCUCGCCAAGUGUGUCACCAGUCCACAUUUCCAGGUGGCAGAGCGGGCGUUAUACUUCUGGAAUAACGAGUACAUACUGAGUUUGGUGAGCGAUAAUGUGACUGAGAUACUGCCCAUCAUGUUUGCAUCUCUAUACGGAAACAAACAGCAUUGGAAUAAAACGAUACACGGCUUGAUAUACAACGCCCUGAAGCUUUUCAUGGAGAUGAACCAGAAACUAUUCGACAACUGUGCGCAACAAUUCAAGAAUGAAAUGCAAAAAGCAAAAGAAAGACAACGGCAGCGAGAGUUAACCUGGAUGAAGAUUCAUAACAUUGCCAGUAAAAACCCAGAGGUCAUUUUUUGUCAUUGUUCAUCGUCUUUUUCGUCCUCUUCUAUAAUAAUAAUAAUAACAAUAAUAAUAAUAUAA